CACGAUCAUCAUUCUCGACCAUGGCGUCUCCAAACACCGGAACGAAGCGGGUGUUUGCAUCGUCGUCCAACGACAAGGAAAACAAUCAGUCGCACAAGCUGAUCAAGUGGAAUCCAGAGAACAAACCGCCUCCCGAGUUUCCAGCGGCCAAGUUCAAGUGGAGAGGCAAUCCCGAGGAAACCUACAGCGACUGGACCAUUGAAAUCGUUUGCAACUCGGAGAAGGAAGAGACAGAAACCUAUCAUGCCCACAAGUUCGUCCUAGGAUACGGACCCCGAAGUUCGGGAUACUUUGCAAAGCUCUUUCAGCAUGGACAUGCACUCAAGGAAUCCGAGUCCAAGAAAAGUCGAAUCGAGCUAGAACCCAUCGCAGCACAAGCAUUCCCAUUGAUGCUGGAUUUCAUUUACUCGCCAGAGAACACGCUCUUUGUUGACACUCCAAGUGCCACCGCUCUGCACUUUCUCGGAGAAUACUUUGAGAUACAUGCAUUGCGUUGGUAUGUCAUGAAGUACUGCCAAAAGGACAUGACAAUGGAGAACGUCAUGACGUACCACGAACAUGCCUCGAUUUUAUCGGACAAGGCCGUGCUGGACCUAGUCGCCGAGUUUCUAGCCAAGAACAUUUCAAAAGUUUACCCCGAAUCGACUAUCCUGGAACAGCUUCAACUUUCCGUGUUUGUCGAAAUGGUCAAGGCACUCCCCAGUGGAAUCGUAAGCAGCCAGCGGAACUCCCAACGACUCUCCAGACUAGUAGCCGCCAAAAUGACGACAAUUCACAAGGAAUCGACACACAACAUAAAGGACGUGUACCCGGACUUUCAGACAAUCACGCAUGCCAGUAAAAUGCCCACUGUACAUCCAUCGGUCGCAUUGCAAUUGUGCCAAUUGGAAGAUCAAUUUCAACAACGUGUGGGCAAUGCCCACGAAGUCACGUCGCUUCACAAACGGUGCAUCGCGGCGUUGUCGGAAAUCAAUUCAAGAUAUUUCUUGGAAAACACUGACGACAAGGACGAAGAGCGGCUGCUCCAACAAAAGCCUCAGGUCCUGGUAAAUUUGAUCCACCAGCUUGUAGCAUCCCGCAAGGACACCAGGGACAAGGUUGACGACCUACAGCAACGGCUUCACGAGGCAACCGAGGAACUUGAAGAAACUGAGGGGGAACGAGACUACGCAGAGCAAGCACAGGAGGAAGCCGAGGCGGAAGUAGCUUCGGCCGAACAAGAAACGGAAGAGGCUCAGAAAGAACUGGUAGCUGUCAAGGAAGAAUUGCGAACACUCCGGGUGUUCAUCAAGCGUCUUCGUCCUUUGCCACAGAACGAGGAAAAAGAGAACUUGACACUACCUGAUGUUAUCUGCAAGCACAACCCUCAACUAGCCAACCUGUCGGCGACUCAGCUACAGGAUAGUGAGUUCCCUAUUUUCUACUACGACCACACCGCUGAUGUGGACGACGAUGAAGAAGAAGGAGACGCGGAGGAAGACCCCGCCCAUGCUGCCCGUCGAGUCGCGAUUCCGGCACCCCUUAGUCCGCACGGGAUUCUUGCGUUGCAAGCAGUACUGCUUGAUCGGUAUCAACGUGCUUUUAAAAUGCUCACUGGCCAGCUACAAGCCUUGUUGUGCCCUAAGUCGUACGAGACCUAAAAGCUUUGUCUCCUAGUCUCUCAGCAUAAUAUGGACCGAAUAAUUCGAUCGAAUCGAAUCGUUCUGCCAAUAGUAGCGUGCACCCGAGGCACCCACGGACUAAUCAUAAUAGAUAAAAUUGAAAAAUGAUGUAGAUUGAACUUGGGUCAGCACGCGAAAGCUCUGAAGCAUGAACAGAAAACACAUCUACGUAUUCAAAGUCGUAACGUAAACAUACAUAGCCAACCAAAAACCACGAGC